AUGAGGAUCUGUAUCCUGCAAACCGCCUUCACCAACCCUCAUGCAGCGGAGGAGUGUAGUCCUGUCCAUGAUCCAGGCAACUUCACUGAUCAACACACGUUCGAUCACGGCUAUGAUUUCUACUUCAACUUCAUGUGGGGGCAGCAUGAGGACGACCUUUCUGGAAUUGACGCGUGCAAAUACUUUGAGAGCCUAGGCCUGCCCUCCGUUGGCCAGCGCAGCGAGGUUCUUGAGCGGUCCAAGAACGACUUGUACAAGGAUGCCCGCGCGCUCGGCUAUCCCCGCGUCCCUGGGACAACACCUCCGGACUCGGAUUCGGAUUCUGCAUCCAGCAAUAUUCAGACACCCUCCUCGUCCUCCUCCUCAUCAUCACCUGAACCAUACUCCCUAACUGCCGUACAGGCCAUUCUCCCGACGCUGGGCCCGUUCGACCACAUUCUCAAUUUGUCGGUGUUGUACUUUUUGUCUCCGGUCGAUUUCUCCCUUACUAUGGUCCGGUCGUUCCAGCUCGCCCGGAAGAGUCUGGUCGGGUGGAUCGAUGAAAUUCCCGAGACUUACAUGGCGAAGCUCCUGGAGAUGGGACCACCCCAUUCGCAUAUGAUCGGGUUUAACCAAUUGGAAGACAUGGAGAAGAUGUUCUGCAAUCUGCCGCCGCCGGGAUGGAAGCUCGCCGAGAAGUUCCGGCAGUCUGAAUAG